CAGUCAUGACCUCGCACUGUUUCCCUGUUCGUAAUUAAUGCUUCCCCUCAGCUUGUAUGCGGCCAGCGACAGUUUUAUAUCAUCUAGCUGCAUGAAGAAAUAAGGCAGAAAUUAUACCCUCCGAAUCGACUGCAGGACUGAUAACGCAAGACAUGCCACGGAGGAAGAGAAAUGCUGGGAGUAGCUCUGAAGGUACGGAGGAUUCAGACUUCUCUGCUGAGCACACAGACAGCUCUGAGAGUGACGCCCACACAGUCAGGAAUACCCGCCUCACUCGCUCCUCAAUGCGACUCAUCCGCAACACACGAGAUUCAAGUCCUGUGGGGAAUGCUUCUACCCUGGUUUCAGAAGAGGUGGCAAACUUUUCCACCCGUCGUGUGACACGUAGUCAACAGCAGGGGGUGACAGUCUCACCAAAGAAAUACCCCCUGCGGCAGAGUCGCUCUUCUGGCUCAGACACGGAGCAGCAUGGGGAAAUCUCAGAGAGGGACAGUAAACAUGGGGUAGACCAUGAAGAGUCCCCACCUAGAACGCCUACAGGCAACGCUCAUUCCUCUGAGUCGGACAUUGACAUGUCCAGCCCAAAUGUGUCUCAUGAUGAGAGUCUGGCAAAGGAGUUGUCACUAAAAGAAUGUGGCCUUGCUCACCGUCCCAAACGCCGCCGCUUUCAUGAGAGCUACAACUUCAACAUGAAAUGUCCCACACCUGGUUGUAACUCACUUGGACAUCUGACAGGAAAACAUGAAAGGCACUUCUCAAUAUCUGGAUGCCCACUGUACCAUAACCUUUCAGCAGAUAAGUGUAAGGUGAAGGCAAGCUCUCGUGACAAACACGUGGAGGAGAGGACUCUGUCACAACGGCAGGAUGAGAACCGACAUUCUGCUCGGCAGCAGGCCCAAUCAGAGCGACAGCAGCGGUACAAGGACAAAGUGACAGAAAUGAGGAGGAAGAGAAAUUCUGUUCCUCUAAAAGAGCAAAAAGAUAAGUACAUGGAGCACAGCCAGACCCAUGGCAGCAGUUGGGAGCCCCUGCUGGAGAACAUCACAAGUGACUAUGACCUGGAGCUCUUUAAAAAAGCCCAGGCACGUGCCUCGGAUGAUCUUGAAAAACUACGGCUCCAGGGACAGAUCACGGAGGGUGGCAACAUGAUUAAGACCAUUGUGUUUGGUCGCUACGAGCUGGACACCUGGUACCACUCACCGUAUCCUGAAGAGUAUGCCCGACUUGGCCGUCUCUACAUGUGCGAGUUCUGCCUCAAAUACAUGAAGAGUCAGACUAUUCUGCGACGUCACAUGGCCAAAUGUGUGUGGAAACACCCACCAGGUGAUGAGAUUUACAGAAAAGGGUCAAUAUCUGUUUUUGAAGUGGACGGGAAGAAGAACAAGAUUUAUUGCCAAAAUCUAUGUCUGCUGGCCAAGCUCUUUCUGGACCACAAAACUUUGUACUACGAUGUGGAGCCUUUCCUAUUUUAUGUGAUGACUGAAGCUGACAAUACAGGCUGUCACCUUGUUGGAUACUUCUCCAAGGAAAAGAAUUCAUUCCUGAACUACAAUGUCUCCUGCAUCCUGACCAUGCCACAGUAUAUGAGGCAGGGUUAUGGCAAGAUGCUGAUUGAUUUCAGUUAUCUACUGUCCAAAGUGGAAGAGAAGGUAGGCUCCCCUGAGCGCCCUCUUUCAGACCUGGGCCUCAUCAGCUACAGGAGCUACUGGAAAGAAGUGCUUCUGCGCUACCUAAACAACUUUCAGGGCAAAGAAAUCUCCAUUAAAGAAAUCAGUGAAGAAACAGCUGUCAAUCCUGUAGACAUUGUCAGCACUUUACAGUCACUCCAAAUGCUGAAGUACUGGAAAGGGAAGCACUUGAUCUUAAAAAGACAGGAUUUGAUUGAUGAUUGGAAAACCAAAGAGGCAAAACGUGGAAACAACAAGACUAUUGACCCUGUGGCCUUGAAGUGGAGCCCACCCAAAGGAACUUGAGAAAACUCAUCAGCAUGCUCUUCAGCCUUUGCUGUAGUUUAGCAGGUCUUGGUCACUAUUAGAAUAGCGAAAUGCACAGGAAAGUGUUUUCUUUUUUACAGUAAGACUGCAAUCAUAACUGUAUUGCGUAAAACACUUUUCACAUAGUACAGUUAUACUGUGUGUACAGUUUCAAGUUGUUUCACGUUAAUCAUUCUUUCGUUUUUUAAAACAUGCUUAACACAUCAUAGAAAAUGUUGGCGCAUGGCCAUGUCUAAUGAUCUAAUCAACUAAUUUAUCCACCAGUUUCACAAAUCACCGGUAACAGUGAUUUGAUAAUCAAAUACAAUUAGUUUUAAUGCGUUUUUUAGUUAGUUUACCAAGCAAAAUUUUAAAUACCGUAUCACUUCCUUUUAGAGAACUGACUAUUUGACUGUUGGAUGUUUGUGUGAACAGACCACUAUAGUGUUUCAGUCAAUUCCUCGACUGACAGCAUAAGGAAAACCUUGUUUUUUUAGGACAAAUUUGUCUAUGAGUAUGAUAAUGUUACUUGUCAUUAGCAACCAAAGAGCAUGAGUUCAGCAUUGAAGGGAUUCAGCUGAUUUUUGUCUCUUCUAAUUGGGUCGUUUUUUAAUACCCCUAAACAAGAUAUGUCAUUCCAGCCCAAGUUGACCUUAACCAAAAUCAUUGUACUAUAUAAUAUAUACUAAAUACAAAGAAUAUUUUAUUCAUUAGCUUAAGUAAAACUAAAAUUUGUAUAUUGGGACAGAAACAUUGCAGUAAAUGUGAUUUACUAUGAAACCCUUCAUCCAAGUGUUGUUUUUGAAAGUCUAUUAUGAACAAAUACAAAUUAAGUGGCAGUUUCAUUAGUUUAUAUAGCAUGACUUGGCUAUGUUGCAGUUCAGCUAGCCUUCUGUGUUAUUUGUGUUAGAAUAGAGUAAUUCAGAGCUAGAAAUUAUCAUGAUGCACUUUUAAACACCGCAUAAUAUACUUUGAAAUGCCAGUUGCACUAGCGUUUGUAUGUCUUUAAAAUAAAUUUGGUCACUGGUUAAACCUCUGAAGUUAUGUGAGUUAAGAACAUAAACAGUUGCGCACAAAGCCAAUUUUCUAUUGCGAGAAAAAGUUCUUGCAAGAGAGCUCACCAGUGCCCCGCCCACUUAUUCAACGUCUGGGUUCCGGAAGUAUUUCCCCCAUUAAUUUCUUCCAUAGACUUUAGUAGUGGGAAGUUCGGAUCAUUUUACUGACUCGGAUCUUUGAGUCUCGUUCAGCAAAAUGAACGAAUCUUUUUUCGAGUCAUUUCGUUCAUUUCGUUCAUUUCAGCAGAAUAUAAUUAAAUGUCAUGCUAAAUAGCCCAAAACAUCAAGUAGUCUACUUACGAAAAUGUUGAUUCAAUUUGAAAUAAAUAAAUAAAAAUAAACUAUAGGGUAAUGCAGCCAAAGCCAAUUUAUAAGAAACCGAAAUGUUAAUUUAUUAAUUGGGUCUUAAGUUUAAGCUAUUGCAGUUAGUUCACCUCACCUCCUUUUUCUCCGCCUCUUGUGUCAUCGGGUUCGAACUUCAAAACGUUAAAAAUACUUAGUUGUCGAUGUCGACUCGUCAGUGUCUGUGUGUGGGCCGUGUGGUGUGACACAGCAGCCAAUGCACUCACUGACUGCAUGCACAUGCAGCAUACCGGUCCGGAUCCGGAAAGAUAAAUGAUUAGUUCAAGUCUCGACUCUCGAGUCUUCGGGUUUGGGUUCGGCCGGGUCCGAGUCUUUCGUUCUUCCUGUCAGUCCCAUAGAGACUAUGCUGUCAGUACCGGAAAGAGAAAUGAUUAGUUCGUCUCUUCGGUUCGAGUCGUUCGUUCUUCAA